CUGCUCACUAAAGGGAUAUUUGACAAGGCUGAACAUGAUGAAGACACCUGCUGUGCUGCUACUGCUGCUGGUGGUGGCUGCAUCACACUCUGUGGCCAAGCCCAUAAAUGGCUUCACUCGCUAUCCAUCCUGGAACACCAAGCUUUACCCAAUCUGGAAAGAUGGAGACCUCCGUUACACAGCCUCCUGGAAAGGUGGGAAAGUAACAUUCAAUGUCGCCAACGACUCGCCAACUCUCACUGGAGCCAAAGUGACCUUCACCAUCGACUUGGAAUUCCCCCAUAACCAAAAAGUACAGGCUGAUGGAGAUGUGGUCUGGGCACAAGACUGUGUUGUUAAUGGAACCAAAUACCUGGAAUCACAGACAGUUUUCCCAACUCAGAACACAGACUGGGAAGCUGUUUUUCCUGAUGGGACACCAAUCAAAAAAGACAAAAAGCCCAACUAUGUGUUUGUCUGGAAGACCUGGGGUCAGUACUGGCAGGUGGCAGACGGUCCCUCGUCCACCCUGACCAUCGACACAGCUGACAUUCCACUGGGCUCCUACACCAUGGACAUUGUCAUCUACCACUACCGGAGCAAGGAGAAGUUCAUUCCUAUGGGUUACGCCUCAACUCAGUUCUCCAUCACCGACCAAAUCCCAUUUGCUGUCUCCCUGGACCAAGUGGAUGACAUUCUGGCUGGAGACAUGAGCUUCGUCCUGAACAGGGCCAUCGCCUUCAGCGUCAGCCUGCAUGACCCUAGCCAGUUUCUGAGCGACGCCGACAUCACCUUUAACUGGAAUUUUGGGGACGACAGUGGGGCCCUCAUAUCCAGAGAGCUGACUGUCACUCACACCUAUGUUAGCUCCGGCUCAUAUAAGCCUCAUGUGGUGGUCCAGGCGAUGAUCCCAGACAAGUCUUGCAACCCUCCAGUGGAGACCACAACCAAGGCCCCCGCGGCGCCCAGUGAUAAGGGAACCUUGGCUCCUGUGGUCCCCCCUCUGACUUCCAGAAAAGCAACUAGUUUGAGGACCAAUGCACUUUCUCCGGACACAGAGGAGGACAACGGUGAGGACGAGACCUCCACCACUCAGACCGCCCAGGAAGGAGCUGCGGCGGCGAAGACUUCCUCCCCCACCAACUAUGAGGCGCCCGCUGACCCUGCCUCCAACACCCUGAGCGAGGAGGCGAGCAGCGAUACAGCAAUGGAAGCAGGUUUAAAGCGACCAAUGUUACUCACAGGCCAAGCCGCUGUGGUCCUCGUCGCCAAAAGGGAAACAAAGGGCAAACACACCGUGGAUGACUGCGUGAUAUAUCGAUAUGGCUCCUUUUGCGCUGACAUUCAAGUGGUUGAGACUAUCAAGAAAGUUGAAAUAAUACAAAUGGACAACAACGUCAUGACAAAACCAGGAAUGAACAACAAUGCUAUUGAUCUUACUGUAACCUGCCAGGGAAGCUUCCCCAAACAGGUGUGCAGCAUGAUUCUGGAUGCUGAGUGCUUAAAGCCAAUUCACACAACAUGCAACAUGGUGGAGCCCUCCAAUGAAUGCCAGAUGGUGUUGCACCACUUCUUCAACAACUCUGGUGUCUACUGCAUCAAUGUGUCCAUGGCCAACGACGUCAGCUUGGCCGCCACUAGCGCCAAAGUCAACGUUAAUAUGGGCUUGGGGCUGUCCUCCUCCAGCAUCAUCGCUACCGUGCUGGGUGUCAUGCUCCUCAUUUUGUCUCUAGCAAUAGUGGCCUUUUCUUACAAGCGCCUGAAGUCCUACCACCAGCUGAAGGAGGACAUCAGAGGGGGCGUGGACCCUCAGGCAGGCUUGUCUCACAGAGGCUCCACAACAUCAAUGCUGUGGAAGUUGCUCAAUAGACGAGGAGUGGUCGACCAACGCCCCCUGCUGCAACACAGACUCGUGUGAACAAGGCCCGAUCUACAUCGCAGCUUCUUCUCACUGCUCCCUUUUUAUACUUUUUUUUUUUUUUAAAUGCUUUUUUUUUUUUAACAUUGAACAUGUGUAUCAGUUUAAUGUAAAUCAAAAUAUGUGGUGGAAUUACACCUGAUUUUUGUACUUGAUAACAGAAAUAUUGGUAAUCAAAUCAAAGCAUUAAAUCGCCACAAAGUUUGCGCUUUUCCAUGAAAGUUUGCUUGGAGCCUUUACGUCAUCCUUCAUUUUAACAACUUGAAC